CGACUGGAUGUUGAGGGUGUGCCCAAGCUAAUAUAAUCACGUUUCACGGUCAACUGCUCUCUCCAUCAAGUGCUGAUGCGUGCGCAGCGUCUGGUUUCCACCGAAAUAAAUGAGCCACUCUUUUAUGUAACAAAUAGAUUUACAAUACACACAACACACUGUGUGUAUCGUAAAUCUCUAGGAAAAUUGAAGUCAUGCUAGGACUCUGCGGUCUCGUCUCUUAUCUGAACGGAACCGUGUGCGAGGGGACACGAGUUGCACGACUUGGCGCCGACGGAAGCGCAAGUGUUGCCGGCCAGUUGUGCGUUUCUUUUCGUCACAAAGUGAGUUUUCGUUUCGCAUGGUUAAAUUAACACAGUGUAAUCAUCCGCCGCUGCUGUGUCAUGAAUGGAAAAUCACGAAAACCUGCCCGACUGGUGUUUCAAGAUAUACGACUCAAAUCUGUAACUCCUAUAAUAGAGUGAACUGCUGUUUGCUGGACUUGCCGUCGACGGCGGCCGUCUCGGUCAUCGACCCAUUUUAUGAUUCGUCCUACUGGAACUUGGAGUACGACCCACUCGCAAUGCAGCAGGUCCCGAUGGUGGAAACAAAUUACGGCGGCAAGCUUUACUCACCAUCGGAUGAAGUAGAAACUAUCGCCGGUCACGUUUUCAAAAGUCCAAAGCCUCCGAGGGCUCAACACGGCAAGCGGCAAUGUCAGCAACAGUCAACUGCUGCGAUAACAGGCGGCAGUGGCGUCGGCAUCGAUGGCAACGGGAUCCAACGUCAAUCAAGUUUCCUGCUUAAGCGCCUGGACGCUAAAAAGUCGAUGGCCGAAAUUUCCAUUCCCGGAAUGCGAGCCGUGUUUGGACUUCGCUCGUCGAUGAUUCGUCGAAUCAUCUGGAUUUUCAUUCUUAUCACGUGCUUCAGCAUAUGUGCUAUUCAGGUUCAGGAUCGAGUGGUUACCUACAUGUCGUCGCCAGUAACGGUUCACGUCCGAGUGUCCAGAAAUAUGAGUCUUCGCUUUCCUGUUCUUUCAAUUUGUAAUAAGAACAUGUUCAACAUGUCAGCCAUUCAGAUCCUAAAGGAAAAAAAGGCGAACGCUAUCAAAGACAAAAAUGGUACCAUCGUCUCGCAGAAAGAAAUGGCCAAAUGGGAUGUUGGCGAUUUAAUUGGAGUUGAUGGCUACAAUGUUUUCAAACUUUGGGAUUUUAUUUCUCAUUCACUUAAUAAAGAUGGGAUUCAUAGGAUGGCCCUAGAAUGCUACUUUGGAAGAAAUAAGACGUGUGAAGAACGUGGACGUUGGGAAGUAAUAUACAAUUACAUGGGCGUAUGCUACUCUUACACGCUAAACGGAUCUCUAGUCAACACGACUGGCCUAUUCAACAACUUCUACCUAAAGCUGCAAGAUACCCAGCCUUUGGCUUACAAGGACGACGCAAGUGGAUGGAAACUACUCAUACACGACCAAAGGGAUUCACCGCUGAUUCACCUUCGCACACACGGCACAACACUCUAUCGUGGCUGGUCCAAAGAUAUCCGCGUUUUCAUAAGACAGUUUCAGACGAUAAAUAGCGAUAAGCGUCCGUGCUCCGAUGAAAUCGACUACUCCUACUCUGAGUGUGUUGCAAAUUGUUUUAUUAAAGAAGUGAACGCCAAUAGCAUAUGUCGCCUUCCUUAUAUCAAAGCUUUAAAAGACGAUGAUCCUGAGCCGUGUAACGAUUCCCAAGCGUACGCAGCUGUCAACAAAAGGGUGGACGACCUCCUUUUCUACGGAGAGUGGUCCGAAAACAAUUGUCCGUGUCCAAGACAAUGCAAUCAGGACUUUUACAUAACGUAUGCCGAGACAAAUCAAAUGGACAAAGAACAGGAGAACAAGGGGAAAUUGCGGAUCUUUUAUCAGGAUUUGACCUACGACGAUAUUGAAGAGGAGUUUGGUUACACGACUAUCCCUUUGCUCUGCGAUAUUGGCGGCUCGCUAGGUUUGCUACUGGGUGCUUCGGUUCUCACUUUCUUCGAGAUCAUCGAGGCUAUCUCGACAGCAUUGGUCCAUCUAACAGCUAUGUUUACUCACUGUUGCUGCCUAUUUGUCAAGUCAAAACCAGAGCCCCGACCGAUUUAAUAUCAUUGUGUGUGAAAAAUGCUGCACCAACAACACUGUUGUUGUAUUUCAGCUUCAAUUAUUGCCGAUUCGAAAGGUUAUUUGAAACAAAGCUAUAAUCAACAAGUUUUUAAUUGUUGUUCUUAAGAAACGAUUGACUAAUUAGAUUUGGGUUUCUGCUGAGCAUCCAAGUUAACGAAGAUGGACGCAUUAAUCGGUGCGAACGUCUGUUGGGAUUCCCAUCAUUCGAUUCACUGGUAAUCGUUGUCUUAAUUGGAUCAGCAUUACUAUAGCGAAGAUACUGAGCUAAUGCACCUAAUAGUCUAUUAUUGUUAAAUGUCGUUAUAUAUGCAAUAAAAUUCUGGCAUGUA